AUGGUUAUCGACACUGGUGCUUCCAUCGACAUCAUCGAUGAACUUGCUUUCAACACCUUGCAAAAACAGAGACCCAUAGCCCUUCAACGUUCCAAAACACGUAUUUUUGCAUAUGGAGCUACAAACCAGCUACCUGUUAUGGGACAAUUUCGUGCAACUCUAGAAUGUUUGACUGGUGCAACAACCACGCAAGUUCAUGUUAUCAAAGGAAAUUUUGGUUGUUUGCUAAGCUAUCAAACGGCAUCUGCUUUGGGUCUAAUCAUGCUGAAUGUUAACAAUGUGAAACCGGAACAUGCCACCCAUGAACAACUGAUGAAAGAGUAUGCCCAUCUGUUCAACGGAAUUGGCACUCUUAAAAAUUUUGAAGUUAAAUUGCACAUUGAUGAUACUGUCCCUCCAGUAGCACAAACCCCCCGUCGUAUUCCUUUCCACAUGCGGCAAAAGGUCGACACGUUAGAAAGUGAUGGAAUUAUUGAAAAAGUAUCAGAUGCCACUCCUUGGGUCAGUCCAUUAGUUGUUAUCCCAAAGAAAGAUGGUGAGAUCAGGCUAUGCAUUGAUAUGCGCAUGGCUAAUCAGGCAAUUCAACGCGAAAGACAUCCAACCCCAACUGUGGAUGAUUUAAUUCACAAAUUAAACGGCGCCACCAUAUUUACAAAGCUUGAUCUUCGCUCGGGAUACCACCAGUUAUCUCUCGCUGAGGAAAGUCGACACAUAACCACAUUUGUAACGCACAAAGGACUCUACCGCUAUAAGAAGUUGAAUUUUGGCACCAAUUCGGCAAGUGAAAUCUUCCAACAUGUAAUUAGCGAACAAAUCCGUUACAUUCCGAAUGCCAUCAACAUUAGUGAUGACAUAAUUAUCUUUGGCAUAACCCAAGCUGAGCAUGACAAAGCUCUUCAUGAAAUUUUUGAGCGGUUUUCACUCAUUGGAUUAACCUUCAACAAAGACAAAUGUGAGUUCAGUCAAUCGCAGCUCACAUUUUUUGGUUUUGUCUUCUCAGGUGAUGGCAUUUCACCGGAUCCAGCGAAGGUUUCAGCAACUCACAACUGCCCACCUCCAAAUUCAAUUAAAGCUGUUCGGAGUUUCCUUGGGAUGGUGACAUAUUGUGCGAAAUUUAUCCCUAAUUUCAGUGAUCUCACAGAGCCUUUGCGAGAAUUAACGAGAAAAGAUGUGCCUUUUUGCUGGACAUCUAGGCAUGCUAAAUCCUUCAACGCAGUAAAAGCUGCCCUCACAAGUGCAACAGUUAUGGCAUAUUUUGAUCAAACCAAGGAAACAGAACUUAUCACUGAUGCAUCACCUUUUGGUCUCUCAGCUAUUCUGACACAGAAAGUCCCAGGAUCAGACCAACAAAAUGUUGUUGCAUGUAUCAGUCGUUCGCUGUCGGAUGUUGAGAGACGAUACUGUCAAACAGAGCGAGAAGCUCUUGCAAUUGUGUGGGCAAUUGAACGUUUACAUAUCUAUCUAUACGGAGGACAUUUUACUCUGAUAACUGAUUGCAAACCAGUCGAGUUGAUUUUAAAUAAUCCACAAUCAAGACCUCCAGCCAGAAUUGAGAGAUGGAAUUUACGCUUGCAAGAUUAUGACUUUAAUGUAAGGUAUACAAAGGGACUUGACAAUCCAUCAGAUUUCCUAUCUCGACAUUUACCUGUUAACACCACCACUGAUGACAGACAGUUCCAAACAAUGGCUGACAAUUAUGUUUGUUUCCUUACCCAACAUGCUGUGCCAAGAGCAAUGACUCUGCCUGAAAUACAACAAGCCACCAUGGCUGAUUCAACAUUACAGAUCCUAAGCAACCUCAUCACAACAGGUAAAUUAAAUGGCAUUUAAUAGACACUCUAGACAUACAAUCCAAUCCCAAUGUAAAGGUUUUGGACUUGAAAGCAUGUGAGAAAAUUAAAACAGAACUUACACUAAACGAGCAUGAUGGAAUUAUAUUACGAGGCUCGCGAAUUGUGCUUCCAGAAAGCCUUAGACUAAAGGCUGUUCAAAUUGCUCAUGAAGGCCACCAAGGGCUAGUAAAAACUAAACAGUUGUUGCAAGAAAAGGUUUGGUAUCCAGGUAUAGACAAGCUUGCUAAGCACACAGUGGAUACUUGUUUGUCAGGCAAAUGGACCAAACAGUCACCAAGAACCACUGCGAAUGACGACGCUGCCUCCCCAACCCUGGCAUACAGUGAACAUUGAUUUUUGUGGACCAUUUCUAGGUGGUUCAUAUCGGUUAGUGAUUAUUGAUGCAUAUUCACGAUUUCCAGAGGUGGAAAUUGUAAGUUCAACAUCUGCAAAAUCAACAAUAUUGAAACUUGAACGAAUUUUUGCCACCCAUGGUAUUCCAAAGGUGUUAAAGAGUGAUAACGGUCCACCAUUCCAGAGCCAUGAAUUUAGUCUGUACUUGAAAGAACUCGGCAUUAAACAUAAACCAAGCUCACCAUUAUGGCUCCAAGGAAAUGGACAAGCCGAGAACUUUAUGAAACCACUUGUAAAGGCUGUGAAAUCUGCCCAUCAUGAAAACAAAGACUGGAAACGUGAAAUGUUUAAAUUUUUGCUCAACUACAGAGCUACCCCACAUUCCACCACUGGCAAGUCACCGUCCGAGUUGCUAUACAACCGUAAGAUUCAAACAAAAUUACCUCAAGUGACAGUCGAAAAUGAUUCUUCACUUCAUCAAGAGGUGAAGGAGAGAGAUGAAAGGUUGAAAAAGAACCAAAAAGAAUAUGCUGAUUCCAAAAGAAGAGUUAAGUGUGCUGACAUCAAGAAAAGUGAUUUAGUUUUGGUGCGGCAACCGAAAGCAAAUAAAAUGUCCACAAAAUACGAUCCAAUACCAUAUGAAGUCACAAAUCGCCGUGGGAACAGAAUCACAGCAAUUAGGAAUGGGAAAUAUAUAACUCGGAACAUUUCGUUCUUUAAAAAGUAUCACCCCAGACAUGGCAGAUCGUUGGAGUCAACAGAGAUAAUGGAUGAAGAAAAUUAUUCCUCAGAUGAAGAUGUCCACGAAGAGCAUGAACAGUAUGAUGGACUGAGACAGAAUGAUCGUCCGCGGCAGAACAAUGGUCAGAGACAAGAUGAUGGUCCGAGAUAUCCGGCAAGAGAAAGACAGCGGGUGUACAGAUAUGGAAAUAACAUUUAUGAUUGA